ACUAGCAAGGUAGUACGGAAUCGAAAGUCUUGCUUGUUUGUUGUUAAGAAUCAAAGAUGGUGGCUCUCGGUUAGACGAGCAGCUUGUGCAUAGGAAAAUAUUUUUACCACCGUCCUUAAAUAAUUUUUCUCGUAUUAAUGGGCUUAUACGUUACAGUAAUACGGUAGUUAUCUUAUGUUGGAGCUGGAAUUCAUACUUCGUUACAGCUGCUGUUAAAACGUGCAGAUGGGUUCUUACGACAUGGUUGUAGCUAGUUGGUUAGCAAGUUGAUAUAUUGGUUUUUUUUAACUAGCGAACGAGCGGGGUUGAUAAAAACAGGUUUCUUGAGUUAGCAAUUGGAUAGCUAUUCAAUAUUAUUUGACAGUUUUCGUCAUAAGUUAAAUUGGGAACUCCAAAAUACAUCUAAAUAUGGACAAGGCAGAUUUCUUGAAGGGCUUGCCUGUCUAUAACAAGAGCAAUUUCAGCAGAUUCCAUGCGGAUUCUGUGUGCAAAGCAUCGAACAGGAGACCAUCUGUUUACCUCCCCACACGUGAAUACCCUUCUGAGCAGAUCAUUGUGACAGAGAAGACAAAUAUCCUCCUUCGCUAUCUUCACCAACAGUGGGACAAAAAGAAUGCAGCCAAGAAACGGGAGCAGGAGCAAGGAGAAGCGGAGAGCCCCGCUCCACCCCGAAAAAUUGCCCGAACAGACAGCCAAGAGAUGAACGAGGACACUUAAACAUUUGGAGUUGUGCAUGUAUAAAUAGCCAUUCAUACACAAGGGCAGACAUGAGCAGAUACCAACAAAACAAAGCAGCACAGACACACAAACACAGAAACACUCACAUUCAAGUGUGCAGAUAAGUGAAGGAAAGUCCAACGACUUUGGAAAGAUGCCUGCAAAAUAGCAUUUUAAUGUUAUUUUUUAAUUCUGUGUUACAAAGAGCUUCCCUGUCUUGCGCUCACAGUACCUUCUUUCCAACUGCACUACUCCAACUUUACCACAUGGGGGCACCUCUCCAUACUCCUGUUGUUUUGGACCCAAGGCCAUAUUCUCUGAACUGCCAGAACAGGAGAAGAACUCUGGGAAAUUCUCUCUACUUUGUUGAUGUUAACAUGUACUUUUCAUUUUUUAUUGUGUGGGAAAACUCAUGCUGCUCUAAGUUGAUUUAAGUAAAAUCUUUUCUUUCUUUCCUGCUGUGUAUUGACACAAGUUGGCAUGACAUAAGUUGAUUAAUGUGGUGACUGCACAGCUUGCUUGGCAGGAGUGUUUCUUAGCCGUUUGGCAAUGGGUAGCUGAAAUUGGACAUGCUGAAAUCUGCUGCCAGGCACACAGGUGAAGGCUGGCCAAUUAGUAGUUUUGGAGGAGAGAGACAAUAGUACCUUGGAGGAGACAGGAAGUCUGUAGCACAACAGAAUUUCACAGAUUGGAUAUUAGUAUUACAGGCAUAGUCGUUUUUGUAACAAAUUGUACUCAGAAACUGUACUGUACAUAAAGCCUUCUCUUUCCUAGCAGAAUGGUGAAUUUAUUAAAGUUGACUUCAGUGGAUGUUGGGAACUAAGGCACAAUUGCUUCAGAUCUUUUUCAGAUUUGAUAUUGAUUGGAGGAAUAUGCACAAGGACUGUAAAGUUAUUUAAAAGUGGAGGCAUGUAUGGAAAGAAUACGCUGAAGCAGUGAGACUCCUUGUAAUGCUGAGUUGUCUGUUGGAAAACCUUCGAUUGAAGGAUAAGUGAGCCUGUGUUCAUAGUGUCUCAUUGUAGGAAUGCAGAUCCAAAAUCAGUUUUGCCUUUAGGCUCAAAUGGAUAGGCUUAAGAUACGGCCAUGGGCAACCUGAUCCUAGGAGAUACUGUGAAUAUAAGCCCUGAAUUGUAUUUUGGAUGCCUCUGUAAAACCAGGCUGCCACAGGUUUCAGCCUGUGCAGAAUUAAUGCCAAGUUGGAGUGUGUUCUUCCCAGAAUGCAGAGGUGACGAGCUACACAUUGGCCCCUUUCUUCAUCCUGCAUGUCAGUGUGUAGAUCAGUCACAGCCUUGUUGGCCUGCAUUAUGGGAAGAGGCUGCUGGGUACUACAGAUCCAAUGGCACAGUGAGCUGACGUGCCAAGAUUCUCUGCACGGCUUACUCUGCAAAACUGACUCUGUACCGUUCCUGCCCUUUUCAGGGACUUCAGCCAUUUGUGUGAGUAUGUACCGUGCUGAAGCUAACUCUUAGCUUACACAGACUUACAAGGCCGAGUCAUUUUAAAGCCUCUACACAUAAAGCCGACUAUAGCUUAUGAGACAGCCAAGGGUAAGAAAACCCACCUGUUGUGACGUCAUUUGGCCACGAACAGACAUAGACCCCUCUCUUUUGAUUCUGCGUGCGUAAUCUUGGUUGGCUGUUAGUGAAGACCCUUUAAUCACCGAGUCAAUCAGAAGUCAUGCUACUUGAGGAUUUCUUGAGCUUCUGGAUUUAGCAAGCGAUGGGAGAUGAGGUACAGCUGGCACUGAUGCUAUUUGUCCAAAAAUAAGAGGAAAAAAGUGGAUUAUUCUAAGAACAAAGCAAGUUUACGAGGCUUUUAAGUUGACACUAAAAUGGAAACUGAACGGGUGCACGAGGGCUCACUUUAAAAAUAUUGUUUUAUAAACCUUUCAGUUUUUUUGUUGAAAAAAGAUUCUUGCUUAAGUUUCAAAAGCACCAACAGCAUGUUUUACUAUUGCAGUUACAUUGAUGAUGCGAAUUAUCAGAACAGUUUUUAUUUGCCUUUUGAUUUACCCUGCAUUUCUCAGGCCUCAUAGCCUUAGGGAGUGUUAUUAGUCUUGUCACCCCUGCUCUGACUCAGGAGACAGGAAAUGACCAUUGGGGUCUGUUCUAUUCUAAAGAAUGUUAAUUGGCCUGAAAGAAUCUUCCACCAUAGUUAUAUGGACAGGUAUAAGAUUGAUAUGUAGAUAUUUUUACAGUGGAGCAUUUUUCUGAUGUUUGCUUGCUCUCUAUUUGCAGACAGACUUCUAAGUCUCACUCUGUUCCUUCAAAGCCUCUUAUACAGAGGUUGUCUGCCCACUGCAUCAUUUCUCUCCAUUCAAAAUUUUUUUAAGUUAGAUUUAUUAAUUUUAAUUUUAUAAAGACUUCCAAUGUCAGGACAUUACUCCAUAAUUUCAGCAACUUUCAGAGAGGUUUAAUUUCCCUUGACAAAAAAGUUAGAGCAUUUGGAAUAUGGCCUGCCCGCUCUACCUGUCUGGAUCACAGGAGUACUUGGUCGCAAAAUGUUUUUGCCAACUCGCUGUGGGUAGGACUGCUCACUACUCGAGCUCUGUAGAAAAUGAGUAGAUGUCUGCUGGCUAUACAUGCAUAAGUGGAAGUUCAGGGAGAAUUUGCCAUGUUAAAGGCACUUGCUCCCUCUGCUGCUAUGUAAAUCCGUGUCUGCUUCUAUUAACACCUUUUGUAAUGCAUAGUUCCCUCCAGGUCCUCAGUUGUACAGCCAUAGUUUAUUUGACUCGUAGUGUGUAUUUCUGGUGUGGAUGAUCUCAGUUUAAAACAGCCCACAAGAGCAGUGGGGCUGCUGUGAUGUGAGGUUGAUUUUUUUUUAUUUUUUUUUUAUUUGUUACAAAUACUGCAGAAGAUAUCCGGUCUCUGGAAAGGAUUUAAAGAACCCCAGUUUUCAGUAGAGAUAGGUGCUAUUUGAGAGCAGUUUUCUGUUUGUGUGGUAUUGUUUGAUUUGGGAGAAUGUUAUAUAGCAUGCACCGUGGCUUGCCAGAAACAGACAUUUGUUGUGUCGUAGUUCAUGAACAUAAAAUGUCACUGAAAUCAGGCCUUUUUUUCUCAGUGGGAAUUUUAUGGAGAUCUUGCUAAUGUGGAGACGGGGCUGGAGAAACGUAUUUGUUUGACAUGAGCGGUUGUCAUUUAUCAUAGACGUAGGACAUUGCGCUAGUCAGUUGCGUGUGUGUGUAAGUCCAUGUUUUAUUCCAGUUGAGCAAGCCAGUAUGUCGUACUCUAAUAGACAUCCAGGUAGUGGGUCACAAAAGGAGACCAUGUUCUAUGUUGGUCACUCUUAGAACUGUUAGUGAAUAGCGGAUUUAUUUCCUAGCACAAAACUCACACCUAUUGUUCUCUGGCCUGCCUUGGUUGUAAAUAGUGUGUUGUGGUAGACGUAUGGAUAUGCAAAAAAAAAAAAAGAAAAAAAAAGUUUUGGUCUAUUUUUUUAACCUUUUCUGUUUGUACCUGUCUGGAUUUAAGACUUUGGAUCCUAACUCUGAAUAAAAUGUAUAAAUUA